AUGUUUAAAUAUGUUUUGUUCUGUGCAAAGAUAUCUCUGAUUGAGGCAAGUACGUUCAAAUAUCAGAAUCAAGAGGAAUUCGUGCCAAAACAAUACAAGGAAUGUGAACGAAUCAGAUAUACUUCCGGCCCAGACAAAUUUUGUUCCGCGAACGGUGAUGAAAAACACUCAACUUGCCGAGAUAGGAAAUGUACUCAUAUAUCUUACUACGGUUCGACAAAAUGUAAUUCACAAGUGAAAUUGUUCAAACCUUUUCAACACUACGGUGUUGAGUGCAAGAAGCCAAAUGAAUUUUGUCACGGUGGCAAAAGUAACGAUGGACGAGAGAAUGUCUUGUAUCCAGAUCCGUACAGAUCACACGAUUUAAUUGAUGACUCUUGCGAAUGUCAAACUAUCUGGUGCUUGGAUGAAAUUAUGACAAUUUACGAAAAAAGUGGCAAAUUGUUUAAAGGAAACGUCACAGUGAAGACUCCGUGCAAAUGUGAAUGCAGAAAGAGAUUUAUUAUGAUGGGGCCUUAUGGUAGAGGCAAAUAAUAUUUUUUAUAUACAGAUAUCCGAUCCUUAUCAAACAAAUUUAUCUGCCUUUCAUUGCAUUGGACAUACGUUAAAUAUAUGGAUCUAAGAAAAAAAUUAUUCGACCGUUUUUUUUUUAAUUCUGUUGGCUAAAGGAUUUAGUGUUAGCAGUGUAUAAAAAUGUUUACUGACUUUCUCA